GUGUGCCAAAUUGUCUCCAAACGGUGUAUAUUGUAUCAUAGCACUUGCACAACACAAUUAUUUAAAAAAUGAAAGACAUAGAAAUACUCAUUGACAAUGCAGAAUCAUUUCAUUUCUAUAUGCCAAAAUGAUUUGUGAUGAUUUGCAUGUGCUAGAGCAAAGCACGAACACUAGGUGAGCACGAACUCGUGGGUACAUCUAGUAUACGUAAGUUAAAACCGCACUAUUUCGCCCUGGCGUUCAUGGAAGUCAUAGAUUUAACCAACCUACCCAUCUCAGGUGAUGAAGGGGUCACAGUGUCCCGCGAAGAGCUCGAAAAUGCAGUCGACAGCAUGACCAAUGCGCGCCUUCGGAAGAUAAUGAUCAGGCUGGCCGACAGGAUACCGGCAUUUAGAAGCGCAUUCGUGAAGGAAGCCAUGGUGGUCAACGGCAAGAAGAGAAAGGCUGUUCCAAGAUGGGAUGUAUGUGCCAAUUGCAAGGAGGAAUACGACAUAAGUGGCGAACGUGAUGACGAGGAGUGUUGUUACCAUUCAGGUCAUCUAAAUGUCGAUGAAGAGUUUUUCGCAGACCAUGACGAAGAUUGUCAUGGUCCCAUGGACACAGAGGAAAACAGAGCGGAUUUUCCGGAGGGAUUUAUCUGGACCUGUUGUGAUGAGAACGCGCUAUCUGAAGGAUGUGAAACUGGACAGCAUGUUGCUGGACGGAAGGUCAAGAAAAGACGUUGAGUAGAACGUUCAAGAAAAGAAAAAAGACGCCGAAAAACCGUCGCCAAUGGGAUAUCCUUCUUAUCUCCGUAACACUUUUUGUUCCCAGAGCUCCUCACCGGGCUCGGCCGUAAACGUUACUAUUGGCUCGCAACAUCGAAAGAAAGGCUAACUGGUAUCCAAUGACCACUUCUUAACGUCGUCUACAACGUUGAAACCGUGCUUGCUGUAAGCUCACAAAUAAAGUACAUCGACGCGACGCGAUUGAU